GUGACUGCCGUACAGCCAAGAAAUGACGUCCGCAUCGUCAUCGCUCAGGUACUACCUACCUACCUAGGUAAGAUAUUUGACAUGUCUGGCGUCACGGAAAUUACCAUCCUCCCUUUCCAGGCCGGUACGAACGCCCAAGACAAAGACAGCGACGCAGCAAAGACAUGGCGCCAGACCCUUGAGGUUGUUUCCCGCCAACCGGGCUUUCGGCGCAUGAGCUACGGUGUGCAGCUGGAGGACCCCGACAUAAUACAGAUGCUCGUUGACUGGGACUCGAUCGCCGCGCACCAGGCCUUUGUGGACAGCGACGCCUACCUCCCCUUCCACAAGAUCUUCGAGAAGCUCCUUUCCGCCCCUCCGUCCACGCACCAUGUCCGUUUCAGCGCGCCGCACGCUCCCUCAACCUCAGCAACGGUCACGGAGCUUGUGACAUGCUACUUUCCGUCAUCAUACAAGGGUGAUUUCGAAAGCGUGUGGAGCGACUUCCAGAGCCUCGCGCGCGAGCACGCCUCGGGGCUGGUGGGCAUCAGCUCCGGAUGGGUAGUUGAAGAAGUGGAGCAUUGCAGCUUGCGGGACGACGGGAGCGCGGGGAGAGGGCGGAGAGGAAGCUUGUCGGGCAGCGACAAGCCAUGUCCAAAGGGCAAGGCAUUCGUUUGGGCCAUGGGAUGGGAGAGGGUGGAGGCGCACAUGGGGUACCGGCAGACGGCGUGGUUCAAGGCGGGCAUGGCGAGGCUACGGGAGCAGCCGCGGGGGAUCGAGAUGCACCAUGUGAGGUUCAGCAUGUAGGUAGUCGAGAUACAGUGUCAGGAUUGGUUUUGGGUUUGGGCGAUCUGGCGGGUUUGCGGCGUUCCGGUCGCCGAACCAUGACCGGGUGGAGCCGAAACAAGCCGCUUCAGCCUCCAGCGUCUUCAGCCUUAAGUUGCGCCGGAC